AUGGCCCACGCACAGGCAAAGGAUGUCGAGGACGCGAAGGACGUCCUAAAGUUCACGAGGAUGUGCAAGUAUUGGAAAGCCAAUCGCUGCCACCUUGGUUCUUCGUGUAGCUUCGCCCACUCCGAGAUGCAACUGAGAGAGCAGCCAGACUUGGUAGCUACUCAGCUAUGCUAUCAGUUCACUCGGAAGGGUCAUUGCAAGAACGGAGACACAUGCAAAUUCGCUCACGGACGUUCAGAGCUUCGACGCCUCCCGAAGACAACGGCCGAGAAGCCUCUUAAGCAAGAAGGCCAACAAGAAAGCUCCACCAUCCCUCUUACGCACGGGAGCGUUGAGACCAGUCAUGAUGCCCCCAUGCUGGCAUCCAUUGACCAGGCCUUCAACGCCUUGAGCCUCCAAGAUUUCCGAGAACCCCCUGGCCUGGAGAGAGAGGCGCCUGGAGCAAGCAAACCAAUGACGAUGUCCGUGGCCAGCUUGCAAAGCACACUGCGCAACGCUGUCGAGCACGGCCAAGACACCCUCGCCAACCUUCCGCUCACUCUGCAUAAAAGGGUUUUGCGCAAGAGCGUCAGCCGGGAGACAGAGGGAACCGACAGCACAUCAUCCUGGUUGAGCGGAUAUCCGUCGGAAAGCGAGCCGGCCAGUCCGACGAGCGUGUCCUUCUGGUUGUGA